AUGCAGGUGCCGAUUGAACUUGACGAGGGCAAGAUAAACGUUUUGGUAUCAAGGGCACCCCAUCCUGCCGAUACGUGGACGGUGCCUCAUGUUCAGUCCAGCUUCGACCGUGGAGAAACAAAGCAUAUCAAGGACGCCUUUCUCGACGCACUCCUUCUCGCCCGUCAGGUCGAUACCAAUCCUGAAUGGUUCGUCAAGACAAUCUUCAAAAAGUACUUUUUCGAGUCCGACUACGCGACUGUAGUGGAGAUUAUCCACAACAUCCUCGGCCCUGACAUGAAGGGCAGUCGUCAUUUGAGGAGUGUUUCUGCCGUCCACGACUACGACAAUCAGUAUUAUGGAUAUUCCUGCACAGACUCGACGGUGACUGCCACCUUUAUCGAGAUGCCGGAUGGGAGAGGAUAUUUGGUCAUUUGCGGCAGCGCCUUCCUCUACGGUGGAAUAGGCAAAGGAUACGCCAACGCCGCGAGCCUCACGUGCGACAUGUUUGACAGACCCGGCAUGACGCUGAAUGCGAUGCUUCCCCUCGGGGGAAUCCUGCUCCACGAGUUCACUCACUACAAAAAACUACUCUCCCCCCCCUUGUGGUCCGAGGCCAUGGACCAUGCCUACGCCUUCAAGGAAUGUCGGGAUCUGAUCAACCAGCCGGAUCCGAGCCGACCGGCCCUGUACAACGCCGACAGCUACACCUAUUUCUUGCUGGAGCUGUUCUGGAGCAGCGCCUGUGGCUGUGACUUUGACGACGAGGGGAGAAAGAUUCGGCGAUGA